AAAACACUGGGGAGGCUGGCUUGACCGGAUUCUCGAAUUGCAUGCUGGGAAAGUAGCGGGCUUUUCAAUUUGAGUCAUAGAUAAAUAAAGAUGACGCGAGGUGGGGUGAUAUAUUUACUCCCUGUGUUUGGAGUCUUCUCCACAGGUCUGACUUCUCCGAUUGAGACUCGGCGGAUUGUGAGGGCAGAAGUGGGCGACGACGCUCAUUUCAGCUGUCAGCUCCUGCAGUCUAAAGAUGUUGUUCAAGUCACAUGGAAGAAGCUUUCAUCACGGGGGGAGAAGAGUCUUGCUUCUUACACCAGUCGCUUCGGUGAAAGAGUGAGUUCUGACGUCAGAGACAAAGUGGAGUUCACGGCUGCAGGACUGCAGAGCAGCUCCAUAGUUAUCAAGAAGGUGUCAGAGGAGGAUGAAGGCUGCUAUCACUGCAUGUUUAACACCUACCCUGAAGGUGUUUUCACUGCUGCAACCUGCCUUCAGCUCUGUGAGCUGCAUGAACCUGCUCUGCACGUUGGACGGACAAACUCCUCUGAGGAGGCAGUCGUGUCCUGCUCGGCCACAGGUCGACCCGAUCCCGCCGUCACAUUGAGAGUCCUGACGCGAGACGUCCACCUGUCGAACUCCAGCUCUGUCAGGGUCACCAACACCAACGGUACGGUCACCGUCACCACGACGGCUGUGCUGUCAGGUAUCCGUGACAACAGCACUCAGGUUGGAUGUGUCGUGCGAGUGUUUGAUGGUCCUCAGCUCGAGAGGUUUCUGAUGGUCCCCGGGGUGAAACGGUCGUCUGCUGAUGAGUCGUAUCAAUCUGGAUCUGACAACAACGACGUGUACUUCAUGUUGCUCGUCGGGUUUUCCUGUGUUUGUUUCACUGCUGUCGGCGUCUUCGCAGUCCUGCUUACAUGGAAAUAUUGGAACAGAAACAAACCCAAACAACUGAUAAACGUCUGCCCUCCUUCAGUCUGUCACAGAGGGACUCUGAGGAGACCAGGACCCAAACACCAGCUGGAUUCACUCCUAAGAAGCUUUCUCACGAAAGCGUGAGACUUCGGAUAACUCCUGAGAAAAACCAAACUUGUGUCAGCCCGUCUUCGACUGCAAAAUGUCAGCGACACAUCAUCUUCUGACCAAAGUAGAUUACUUAGCGACACGGCGAAUAAUCAACAAGACGCGAGUGCCAGCAUGAGGUCUGAUGUGGCGAAGGAAGCGACGCUGGGAUCCGUCUGUCAGGGCAGCUCAGUGGGAUCGGAACCAUUCAUGCACACUACAGGUUUUAUGUUUUUGUAUUUGUUUAUUAUACAUGAUCAUUUUGUUAUGUGAUUAUGUGCCAAGUAUUUUGCAACAUGUGUUUGUUUGUGAUAUUUUACCUUAAUCCACAGCUGCAUCAAGAUGUCCACGAGUUUUGUUUGUUUGUAGGUUAUAAAUCUGCUGCUGGUUUUUGUAAAUAAAAAUUUUUUAAAGAAACUGAAUUUUGGCAAAGAUGAACUCCCAGCAGAUUGUGUGCAUGUGAAUAUGAGUGUGAAUGAGGAAUGUUUCAUUGCUCCAAUGAAGUGUUUUCAUUUAAUUUUAUAUAAUAUUGUAUAUAUAUAUAAAUGAAUGUAUAUAUAUAAAUUUUCAAUGUGCACGUUGGAAUGUACACAUGAUGGCUUAAUAUUGUGUACUUUUGUUUGAAUAAAAGCAGUUGAAACAGUU